AUUUGCGUAAGGUAGUGCCUAACGCGUAGCGUUUUGAAAAGAUCUUUUACCCGGUUAAUAUGUGUUCUUAUCAUGUGCAAGUUGUUUAAUUCGACAGAUAAGAUAGUUCAAACUAAAUAUAAUCGCCGGAAACACCUUCCGAUUCGUCUGAGCAGAGAAAAACGCAAUUAUAAAAAUGGCAAAUCCAAUGGCUGUACUUCAGCAGUAUCUUGAGCUGUGCUCAUGUGAUAUAAACCGACUCACGUUACAUCUAGCAUCUAACGCAAUCCUCGAAUGGAAUGGAGUGACGAUGAGAGGAAACACUAAAAUCGUUAAAUUCCUACUUCAAAAGCAUCAGCUAUCUGGUUUGGUACAAAAUUUCCCAACAGCUCAAUCUGUGGAGCCGUUUGAAGAGCGCGAAACACACGAGAGCACUAAAACUAUCCCACGCGAAAACUGGAUAAAAGAUGUAAAUCUGAAGAAGCGACAUCCCAGUGAAUCACAAGAUUUAGCAUCACCCGGCACAAGUAGUGAAGAGCUUGGUGCGUCGGCCAGUUUCCAAACCCCACCACGGACUCUGCCUGCAUUACCGCAUCCACCGCCAUUGACAGCAGGACGUCACUUCUUGCCACUUUCAAGCGACGAAGAAGAUGAAGCUGAACAACUUUCCGAUAUCACAACUCCCGCUGAACCACGCGUUAACGUUUACUCCGAGUUACGAUAUCUAGAAGCGGUGGGAGCAAUCCGAAUGAAUUUAGAACCAAAACAUCGUGGUACUCGUACCACACAUCACGUUUCUAGAGAUGAUUCAAGUGCCGAUGGAUCAUCCAUUACUCCAACAAACUCAGAAGCAAAUGAAAAACCUACCAAACUAAAGCUCUCCUAUCGGAUGCACACACAUACGCGUCAACCGCAGUUUGCUCUAAUCAUCUAUGAGCUACAGUCUACACGAUCUACAACGGUGAGAAGAAAUCUAUUCAGUGAAAGCGAUAACCCUAUCGGUUCUGAUGAAGAACCUUCUACAACACACCGGAGGUUUGCAGUUUCUCCAGAACUUGUGCCGCUGCCUGACUCGCCUCCUGGUGAACCUUUCCCUACCGACAGACCGCCGAAUCCUCAACCUCCAGGUACCCCAAUCAAGCGGCGACGGAAUCCUCCCGUAAUCGCUGGGAUGCGAACAUCUCCUCGACGAAGACCUCGCCCAGUAGACGACCUUAUCGGCUCACCCGGCAUCGGUGACAUACCCUCCGAGCAGGAUAGUUUACAAGCAACUUGGCCGAGGAAAAAAUCUUCCGAGAGCAACGACUCAGAGCCAUUGAUCAAGAGAAGUAGAAAACUGCUUUCGAUCCCUACCACCGUAAAGAAGCCGUUAAGGUUUUAAUUCAAACAGGUAAGUUGAUUUUUAUUUCUGCAUCCAAUGUUAAAAAUCCGAAUUGUUGUAAAUUUUGAAUAUAUGUUUCCUGACCUCGGACAAUAUGCAGGCGGAUAUUGCUUG